GUGAAGAAGCUACGAUCUCUUCCACGAGGGUCCUUUUUGUUUGAAUAUAAAUAUGAGUCGUCCAACUUAAUCCAUGUCACUUCACCAUUGCAUCUCUUGACAUCAAGACAAGCAGCAUUUCCUCCAGUUCCACCAUGAAUCCUAUGUUCGCAGUCCUAGCUCUUGCUCUCACCGUCGUGAGCGGCCAAAGAGGACGAGCCUCCAACGGUUAUGGCGCUCCCCCGGCAGCAGCCCCCCAACCUCAGUAUAACCAACAGCCUUUGGCUCAAGAGCCCCAAGCUCAGUAUGGUCAACAAGCUCAGGCUUCGUCUCUGUCCGAGAGCCAACAUGGUGGAGACCACCAAGGGUUGGACUGGCUCCUUGAGUCCGUCCCUGGACAACCUGGAACUGAUUAUCCCAUUUAUGCCGAUGCCUCUCAAUUCGAUUUUGACUGCAACGGUCAAACCCAAGGUUAUUAUGCUGACCCUGCCGCUCAAUGCCAAGCUUUCCACGUGUGCUUGGAGACUGACCAACCCGGUGUUUUGAGGGCCGAAUCUUUCUUGUGUCCCAAUGGAACCAUUUUCAACCAGGAGUAUCUUAUUUGCGAUUGGUGGUUCAACUUCGAUUGCUCUCAAGCUCAGUCUCUGUACUCGGUCAAUGAUCAGAUUGAAGCCGAAAGACAACAAGCCACCAAAUCGCAAGCUAACAACAACAACAACAACAACUAUACCCCCAGCAACGGCAACAAUAACAACAACUUCAACAACAACAAUAACAACAACUUUGGAUCCGCCUCCAACAACAACAAUAACUACGCUUCUCCCGCGCAAGCCACCUAUGGAGGCAAAUAGAUGUAUAGAAUGACUUCAUGGAGGACAACUCGUCCUGUCUUUCCCAAUCCAUCGAACCCUGUCUCCCGGUGCUAAAAAUCUGGGCUGGUAUCAGUUUCUUAUCGCUGCUUUCAUACUUCAUUCGUGGUUGAGUUUCUUCCCCAAUGCUGCUCGUUAAAACCAAGUGAAUUGGUUUUGUCAGACAAAAUGGUUUCGUUGUGGUUAACUUAUGUAUUCUAUUGCCUUGAAUUCUUCUCCUAAAUUAUUUGGGUUUAUUAUGUGGGUGAUUAUAUCUUUCAAAUCUGACGACUUCUCCGACUUGAAUUGACACGUAUUUCUUCACUCAACGUACCCCGUGUGCGUCCUACAUGAGUGAGUGACGAAGGAGAUGCCCUCAUCAUUGAUGAAGUCUUCUGAUUCUUUUUGUCAACUUUCAUAAUGGAUCUCUGUGCAAUGAUGUUUCAAUAAAAGAAAAAUGCAUUCAAAACGGUCUGUCUGUCAAUUGAACACUUAGACAAAAACGACGGGGAAUCAAGAAUAGAAUAGACCAGGCUUACAUAUAACUUUAGAAUGUAAAAUACUUUCAACAUCAUAUUAUUUGAGCUGUUGAAUUCAGUUGUGCUCGCCUUAUCCGCCGUUUUGGAAUGUUUUAGGGCAGACCAUCGUGGCAUCAUAUGGACUUGCGCCUCCGCGGACAGAUCU